CAUGGCCCAGAUGGCAGGUGUCGGCUUUAUGAUAGUAAAAGAGAGUGCAGCAGAGAGACCAAUGACGGGAAAGAGCGAGGGAGAGAGAAGCUAAAGAAACCCACCCAUCCGUUUUGGCGUUUUUUUAACUCUGUUUUAAAGGAACCCACCGCCUUUCUGCGCACCAAGAAGAAUCCCACUUCCCUCUUGGCCCCUCGUCUGUCUCGAGUUCAUGGAGGGGGUUUUGGAGGGGUAGAGAAAUGGAGUCGGGAUCGAGAUCUCCGGCGGUCUCCGGGGCCGGCGGCCCCGGCGACUCGCUCCACGGGCUCAAGUUCGGGAAAAAGAUCUACUUUGAGGACGGCGGCGGCGGGAGCUCCUCUUCCUCCUCCAAGGCCAAGGCCCCGGCGCCGGCGGCGCCACUGCCGCCACCGCCGGCAAGAAAGGGGAAGGGGGUGGUGCAGGGGGGGCAAGGGCCGCCCAGGUGCCAGGUGGAGGGUUGCAAGGUGGAUCUGACGGGGUUCAAGGCCUACUACUGCCGGCACAAGGUGUGCGGAAUGCACUCCAAGGCGCCCAAAGUCAUCGUAGGAGGGCUCGAGCAAAGGUUCUGCCAGCAGUGCAGCAGAUUCCACCAAUUAUCAGAAUUUGAUCAAGGAAAACGCAGUUGUCGCAGACGUCUGGCAGGGCACAAUGAGCGUCGAAGGAAGCCACCUCCUGGACCUUUGUCAUCACGCUAUGGUCGCUUAGCUGCCUCCUUCCAUGAUCCCAGCAGAUUCAGAAGCUUCCUUAUGGACUUCAGCUAUCCCCGGCUUCCAAGUACUGCGAGAGAUAUCUGGCCGACCGUGAGGGCUAGUGAUCGGGUGACUUGUAACCGGUGGCAGGGUGGUUUAGAUCCUCCAACUAGUGCAGUUAUGGUGCAGGGGCCUCAUCAUUACCUGCAGAAUUCUGCAGGGAGGAGCCUCUUCUUGACACCAGAGGUUCCGUCGGGUGAAUGUCUUUCGGGAGUCUCUGACUCCAGCUGUGCUCUCUCUCUUCUGUCAACUCAGCCAUGGGGAAGUAACACUACCAGAAACCGAGCUCCGACAAUCCCAGGAAGCAGCAGCUUUGAUGGCGUCCCAACAGCUCAGUCUGUUGCUGCAAACGAUUACAUUAGUCCUUGGGAUCUCAGAGGUCAUGGAGGCAGUAGCAGCUCACAUGAAUUGCAGCAUGAGAUGGGACUGGGACUGGUCACGGAGUCUGGUAGCAGUCAGUUUUCAGGUGAACUUGAGUUAGCUCUGCAGGGAAAUGGGCAAUGCGUGGACCAUGGCUCUGAUAAGACAUACGAUCAUUCAAGUCACGUGAUGCACUGGUCUCUGUAGACCAUAUGAUCUGUUCUGUUCUAUAAUUAUGGAUCUUGUGACUUUUUUGUUUGCCCCAAUGCUAAAUUUCUCUGUGGUAGUUUUAAGAUCUUAUAGAUCUUAAACUUCACCUAAUGCUUUGUUUUGAGCCUAAUCUAUUAGAAGCACUUUUAUAUUGGAAGCAACUUUAAUUAAUAUUUCUGAACUUUGUGGAGCUAUUCUUUUUGA